AUGCCUGCAAACCUUCUAGACGACCUGAACUUCGCAACCGCGUGCCGGGUAGCAUUUGCGGGGUUUCUCCGCCUCGGAGAAUUCACCUACAAGACUGAAGACCUUAGCACACGUUCUAUCUUCUCAGCCACAAAAUUAACGCGCUCCGACGUCAGAUUCUCGUCCUCGUUAGACCACGCACAACUCACACUCAAGCGCAGUAAGACUGACCGCCGCCACGAAGGAGUGCAAAUUAUUCUUGCAAAGACGGGGGACGGCGCAUACCCAGUUGAUGCGCUUCAGAAGCUGCUACUCCUCGACCCUAGAGGGCCCGACGCCCCAUUAUUCUCCUUCCACAGAAGACCAUUCAGUCGCAGCAACUUCCUCUCAACCUUGUCUACUAAGCUAAGAGCGCUCGGGAUACGGAUAGACGGCUACUCGGGUCACAGCUUUCGGAAGGGCGCGGCUCAGCAUGCGCACGAUAGUGGGAUACUCGACGACCAGAUUCAGAUGCUAGGGAGGUGGACUUCGGAGGCGUUCAGGGUGUAUUUUACGACGAACGCGUCAGUCCUGUACAAGCUUAAUCACCAGUUCCAGAUACGCUCGCCGGCUCCACUGUCUCUGCAGAUUCCACCACCGUCCCCUCCACCAUCCUAG